AGUGACCUGAGACUGAUGUGGGCUCUGUGGCUGGGCAAGCGUCCAGAACAGGCACUGACUGGCAUGGUGGUGUGGGUGACUGGAGCUUCAAGUGGCAUUGGCGAGGAGCUGGCUUUGCAGCUCUCUAAACUCGGAGUCUCUCUGGUGCUGUCAGCCCGAAGGGAGCAGGAGCUGGAGCGGGUGAAGAGAAGAUGCCUGGAGAACGGCAACAUAAAAGAAAAAGAUGUACUGGUUUUGCCCCUUGACCUGGCUGACAGAAGUUCUCAUGCCAAGGCUACCGAAGCCGUUCUCCAGGAGUUUGGGAGAAUUGACAUUCUGGUCAACAAUGGCGGAAUAUGCCAUUGUUCCUUUGCUGUAAAAACCAACAUGGAUGUCUUCACGAAGGUAAUGGAGGUGAACUACCUAGGGACCGUGUCCUUGAUCAAGUGUACUCUGCCUCACAUGAUGGAGAGAAAGCAAGGCAAGAUUGUGGUCGUGAAUAGCAUCACAGGGAUUAUGCCUGUGCCACUUUGCAGUGGCUACACUGCCAGCAAACAUGCUCUUCGGGGUUUUUUACAUGCACUCCAAACUGAACUUUUUAACUACCCAGGCAUAACAGUGUCUACCAUUUACCCAGGACCUGUGCAUUCGAGUAUUUACCAGAAUUGUUUUACUGGAGAAAUCACUAAGACUAUGGUGGAUAACAUAAGUGACUUACCCAAAAUGGCAACAAGCCGCUGUGCCCAGCUAAUACUAGUCUCCAUAGCCAACGAUUUGAAGGAAGUCUGGAUAGCUUGUCAGCCUGUUUUGUUUGGACUAUAUAUGUGGCAGUAUCUGCAGAUCUUGGACUGGAUAACUUCAAAGAUGACAUGGAAGAUCAUUAUUAAAAGCCUUAAGAUUGAUACAAUGGCAGAAUCCCUUUGA